UAGCACACACACACACACACACACACACACACACACACACACACACACACACACACACACACACACAUACAAGUGCAGACAUAUAAGGCAGUACAAUGUCAUUUUUUCCUUUUCUGUCAUUACUAUUGUACAGGAGUAGGCAUAUAGCAAGCUAGAGACAAGAUAUAAGGCACAUUCAGCAAAUCCAACAAAAGAAGUAAGGCAAACAUUUCUGUCUUAACCUUCCUGUGAAGUAACCUGUGUCUCAAAAUGGGUUCAGAGGUCAGAAGCCAACAGCAUAAUGCCUAAGUGCUGAAGAAACUGAAGUUAUAAAGUGGAUGAUCUCCAGAAGACAAGUCACUAACAGGAGCAGAAGAAUAAAUUUGCACAGCAAUGAACAGCACACAUGAAAUUGUGCACUCAUGGGACCCACAAAAAAAUGGUAACAUUACAGCUUUUAACUCCACUUGGCUAAUGCCACUACCCUCUACACAUUUUCUUGAUAAAGUGGUGAGUGGUAUUACCAUUGUUAUUCUUUUCAUCACCAUGGUAUCUUUGGGCUGCACCAUGGAAAUUGCUAAAAUCAAAGACCACAUUUUGAACCCAAAAGGUGUGGCAAUAGCAGUGAUGGCCCAGUAUGGUGUCAUGCCUCUCACAGCUUUUGCUUUGGCCAGAACUUUCAAUCUGUCCCCCAUGGAAUCACUGACUGUCUUGAUCUGUGGCUGCUGUCCUGGUGGAAACCUGUCAAAUAUCUUUGCUCUUGCACUUAAGGGAGACAUGAACCUCAGCAUUGUGAUGACUACAUGUUCUACACUCCUGGCAUUGGGAAUGAUGCCCCUUCUUCUGUAUCUCUACAGUCAAGGCCUUCCCAGUGUGGAGAAUGCCGUGCCCUAUGGUGGAAUAGUAUCAUCCAUAGCCAUGACACUGAUCCCCUGUGGGACUGGAAUCUUCCUCAACAAUAAAUUUCCACAAUAUUCUCCAAUUGUCAUUAAGGCUGGAAUGACUGUUUUACUCAUAGCUGCAGUGACAGUCUCUGUUCUGUCUGGGAUAACCAUUGGGAAUAAGAUUUGGAAUCUGUUCUCAUUAUCUUUGCUUGGAUCGGCUGCAUUGAUGCCCUUCAUCGGUUACAUACUGGGUUACGUGCUUUCAACUGCAUUUCAGCUUAAUGAACGGUGCAAACGGACAGUGUCUAUGGAGACAGGAUGCCAGAACAUCCAGUUGUGUGCAGCUAUCCUUAAAGUGGCAUUUACCAGUGAUAUUAUUGGACCCCUCUACUUGUUCCCUUUUAUGUACAUUCUGUUCCAGGCAGGAGAGGCCCUAAUUCUUAUCAUAGCCUUCCACUGCUAUGAAACACUGAAGAAAUACAAUGGUGCUACUAAAUUUUUUAAAUCAGCUGUAGAGACCACCAUUGAAGAAAUCAGACUACCAAAUUCGCAGGAUGUCACCUGUGACAAAACCAAGAGGAUAGCUGUGUAACCUUCAGUCUACAUGAUUAAUCCAAAACAACCUUAUGACUGAGUACCAGAAAGAAAUGAAAAAGAAUGGCUGUGAGGACAGAAAGUGAAAUGCAUGUGUCUGUGCCACAUACAGAAUUGAUUAUUACUAACCACUUAGUUUACUUCUUCCAUUUACUAUCCUCUUGCAAAAGCACAAAAGGUCCCAGUCUAGUUUAACCAGCUAAAGAAAUUCUCCAACAUGAAAAAAAAAAAAUUCAUAGAAUGCUGUGAUGAAUUUUAUAUAUGUUUCAUCAGUUGCCUUUUACAUACCAGAUAAUGUCUCCAAAAUAUUUACAAUAUCACUGCAUGUCUGUGUGCAGUUUGUAUUCUUACACACAUUUCUUCAAAUUUUAUUACCAUGUUUCUUUUGUAUUGUAUUAUAGUUCUAAAAUGUGUGAUACUUCAUUAAAAAUAAUUAGAAAAGA